AUGCCAACCAGAUUAACCAAAACUAGAAAGCACAGAGGUCACGUCUCAGCCGGUAAAGGUCGUGUCGGUAAGCACAGAAAGCAUCCCGGUGGUAGAGGUAUGGCCGGUGGUUUUCACCACCACAGAACCAACUUGGAUAAAUACCAUCCAGGUUACUUCGGUAAGGUCGGUAUGAGAUACUUCCACAAGCAACAAGCUCACUUCUGGAAGCCAGUUUUGAACUUGGACAAAUUGUGGACCUUGAUUCCAGAAGACAAGAGAGAUGAAUACUUGAAGUCUUCCUCCAAGUCUGCUGCACCAGUCAUUGACACUUUGGCUGCUGGUUACGGUAAGAUUUUGGGUAAGGGUAGACUUCCAUCCGUUCCUGUCAUUGUCAAGGCUAGAUUUGUUUCUAAAUUAGCUGAAGAAAAAAUCAGAGCUGCUGGUGGUGUUGUCGAAUUAAUCGCUUAA